AUGUUUUCUUAAAUAUUCAUAUUAUCUCCAAGAGGUGACACAAUCAUCAAUAGAGAUUUUAGAUCUGAUUUACCUAAAUCUACUCCAGAGACUUUUUUUAGAUAAGCUAAAACUUACUCUGGAGAUGCAAAUCCUUUAUUUACUGUUGAUUGUAUACAAUUUGCUCAUAUCAAAAGAGGAGGUUCUUUUCUUAUUUUUACAAUUAGGAUUGUAUAUUGUAGGUACAUCCAGAUUUAAUUUACAACCAGCUAUGUCAUUAGAACUAUUAGAUCGAUUAGCAAAAGAGAUUAAAGAUUUUUGUGGAGUCAUCAAUGAAGAAGUCCUUAGAAAGAAUUUCAUUCUCAUAUAUGAAGUAAACUAUUAUUCAAAUAUUUUAGAUUUUAGAUGAAUCAUUUGAUUUUGGUUACCCUUAACUUAUGGCUACAGAAUAAAUCAAACCACUCAUUGUUAAUGACCCUAUUCAACCUUAACCUGAUUCUGUCAUGAAUUCCCUUAGACCAAAAAUUCAAACUUUCAAUAUUUUUGUUCCUAACACUAUUGGAAGUCAAGCUGUUUAAAGAUCGGUAUUAAACAAAAAUUAAGCAAAUGAAAUUUUUGUUGAUAUUUAUGAAAAACUCAAUGUUCUCUUUAAUUCUAGUGCUUAUGUUAUCAAUUAGAGUAUUGAAGGAUGCGUAUUCUAUAUGAGUAUUAUAUUAGAUUCAAAUGACAUCAUUUUUAUAAGGAAAUCCACCUCUAAAAUUGGCUUUGAAUGAUGAUCUAUAAAUAGGUAGAUAAUAAGGAUAGUAUUCAGCUGGAGUAAUUUUGGUAUUAUUUAUUUAAUUAUAAUUAAGGAUGACUGUAAUUUUCAUGAAUGUGUUAAUGCUAAUGAAUUAGAUAUGAAUAAAACUUUACGUAUCCAACCUCCAGAUGGUUAAUUUGUUGUUAUGAAUUAUCGUAUAAGUGGAGAUUAUGCUGCUCCUUUUAGAUUAUUUCCUAUUAUUGAGGAAAUCUCAUCAUCCAAAAUAGAAGUCACUAUUAAAUUAAAAGCUUGUUUUGAUGCUAAAAUUAUUGCCUCUUAUGCAACUAUUCGUAUUCCUAUUCCCAAAUAGACUGCUAAUGCUUACACUGAAUUAGUAAAGAAUGCUUAAUAAGAAACAGCAGAAUACGAUUCAAACAAAAAAAUGGUUGAAUGGUAGAUUAAAAAACUUAAUGGUGGCUAAGAAAGAUCAUUAAAAGUACUCAUUAUAUUUUAUUAAAUUCUUAGAUCAAAUUAACACUAUAGGCUACAUAGACUGCUCAUACAGCUAGAAAGGAAAUUGGCCCUAUUGCUAUGAAUUUUGAAAUACCAAUGUUUAAUGUCAGUAGAUUAUAAAUCAAAUACUUAAGAAUAGAAGAGAGAGGCAAUACUACUAAUCCUCAUAGAUGGGUUAGAUAUAUAACAUAGAGUAGUUCCUAUGUAUGUAGAAUAUGAAAUUAAGUUAAUAUGCAU